AUGAAUGCUUCGAUAUGGAACAUUAGAUCAGUGAAUACCGUGGAAGCUUUUCCAAGGUUGAUAAAACUGAAGCACAAGUAUAAUCUUGGUUUUAUUAUCUUGUUGGAGCCUUUUCAACAACCUGACAAAAUUGAGGAGUACAGAAGAAGAUUGGGCAUGCAAAUUGCUUUGGCUAAUGUGUCAGGAAAGAUAUGGAUAUUUGUAGAUGACCUAUUUGAGGUGGAGACAGUGACUGAUCACAUGCAACAUAUUACUUUUAAGCUUAAGAGUAAUGGUUUGCAGGAAGACAUUGUGAUAACUAUUGUGUAUACUAGAUGUACUCAAAGAGAGAGAUUGGAAUUAUGGGACAGCCUAGAAGAUAUAGCAACUAACAUGAACAUGAACAGGCCCUGGAUGAUAGGAGGAGAUUUUAAUGUCAUUAUGUCUGAGGAAGAGAAAUAUAGGGGUCUAGCAGUUGGGGCAAAUGAGACACAAGACUUUAAUUUGUGUAUGCAAAAUUGUGAGAUGCAAGAUUUUGGCUUCAAGGGUAGCAAAUAUACUUGGUGGAAUGGGCAGAGUGGGGAAUAUUGUAUUCUCAAAAGGCUAGACAGAUGUUUAGGAAAUUUGAAAAUUCAACAAAUGUAUCCAGGAAUUGAAGUGAAGCAUUUAAUCAAGAUAGGAUCAGACCAUGCUCCUUUGUUGAUUUCAUAUGCAGGAAACAAUAUGCCUAUUAAGAAGCCUUUUAAGUUUCUUAAUUUUUGGGUGAAGAAUGAAACCUUCUUGGAUGUUGUUAAAGCACAGUGGACUGCUGAUUUCAUGGCUAACCCCUUUACUCUUUUCCAUCACUAA